AUGCAGCUCACAAACAUCCUCAUCGCCGCCCUCGCCGCUGCCGCCUCGGCCGCCGCGCGCACAACCCCCUCCGCCCGCCGCUUCGCCGCCCCCAACCCCAACUGCCGCAUCGUGCCCGCCUCGGACAUCAACUUCGGCGUCGCCGACCUCGCCUCCGGCACCGUCGUGACCAAGGUCCUCACCUUCCCUGUCGGCUCCGCCUCCGCGGGCUCCUGCCAGCUCAUCGGCGCGUUCGCCGAGGGCUUCCCCAUCGACCAGGGCGGCGGCGACCUCGCGCGCCUCGACGUCCGCGCGCUCGGUGGGCCCGCCCCCGGCAGCCUGGUCGGCUCCUUCGGGCCCCUCAAGGUCGCCGGCGACGCCGUCGUCGAGGACACCGUGCAGUUCAUCAACAGCUUCCAGUGCGCCGAGAGCCUGAGCUUCGAGUUCGCCGUCGCCAACGACGCCGGCGUCGACGAGGACAUCAACGUCGCCUUCACGGCGUCCCACCUCGGUGGCUUCUUCGUGCUGGUCGGCGACCAGUGCGAGUAG